AUGGCCAUUGCCUGCGAGGCCCUCGAAUUGAUUAGGCUCGCCGCCAAGGACAUCGAGGGCAUUGUCAGUAAAGCGGAUGUUGACUUACGUGCGUACUACACCGCAUUGCCUACAUAUCUACGCCUCCCUUCGUCGCCAAAGGUCUGUGCGCUUCCUCAUAUCUACUUGGCCCAACCCCUGAUCCAGAAGAAACGGGGCAGAAGGCGAACAAAUGAUAGCUCGGCCACUGAUAGUGCGGCCAGUCCCGGCGAGAGCCUAUACCUCAAUCAGCACAUGGAAAUAUGCCGUCACUCUGCAGCUCAAAUAUCUAGGUUGAUGCAUGUCUAUAAACAGCACUACACUCUGCGUCAAAUACCCAUUGCUGCCGUACACCUUUCGUUCGCGGCAGCAGUUAUUCACCUCAUCGACGCUCGUCCCACGAACCCGAACUGGGACCAAGCUGUGCGGCACCUCAAGACCUGCGUUGAUGCGCUCAAGGACUUGCGGACACCCUGGUGCGCUUGGGCAGACCGGUCGUUGCGGGGUGUGCAUUUGUUGGCCCUGGACUGGUAUCAAUGUGACGAUGUGUCGCAACUUAAGAAGGACCGCCACAGUGGCGAGGAUGAUGCUUCUCAUACACUAUUAAGGGCUACCCGUGUACACAUGCCCGAGGCAACGAGUCCAAAUCAGACUGACGAUGGCGGUUAUUCAACUUCAUGGGGUCACAGCAAGUCGAGACUCUAUACUGUCGACGAAACCGAAGGUUACGCUGCACCAUCAAAUAUUUCUGGGCAACCAGAACCUGAAAACUUCUGGGCUUCCUUAUUUGAACAUACGGAUGCGGAUCUGGAUAUGAAUGGCAUGGUCAGAGAAUGGCUGUCUGACAGAUGGUAUGACUGGUCUUUAACAGGAUUCGAGGCAGAUGGAGGCGGUGGCAACCCAAAUGAGCUCUAA